CAGAGUUUCAUCAAACAGGAUGAACUCAAAUAAGCAAAAGCAUUACUAACACCUGAUAGUUCAUCACACAGUAUGAACUCCCACAAAAAGCACAUAGUUCAUCAAAGAACAUAAACUCGAAUCCACAUAAGACGAUGAAAUGCUACAAGAAAACAACUAGGAAGUCAAGAAUUCACCAGAGAGGAUGAACUCAAAUCUACAUAAUCACGACCAACACCUGAUAGUUCAUCAAAUAGAAUGAACUCCUAUACGAAAAUAAGUAGGAAGUUCAGAGUUCGUAUAGAGGAUGAACUCAAAUAAUUAUCAGAAUAAAAGAGUUACGGGAAUCAAUACUGAAACAGUAGGGAUAUAGACCAAACGAUAAUUCCCCAAAGUUUUAACCUAUCAAAGCGAGGGAACAAACAGUGGAAGAAAUAUUUCGAAAACAAAAAAGUGACGUACAAUAUUGAAGAAGAUGGAACAUGGGAAGAAAGAAGCUUAAAUCUUCUUGCUGAAUCUGACUUUAAUGGACGUUUGUAUCUCAGAUUUAGCCCUAUUUUUAUUUUUUUUUCAAUUUGUUCAUUGCUGUAGCCUAAUUAAUUGCAUUUAUUUUUUGUAGAAUUUUCACGCGAGAAAGACAGAAAAAAGGGAGAAGGGAAACUGAAAACAAAGUGGAUGAUAAGGCCAAUGGCUAUACCUCGAGUAAUCUUGGAACUUCAAGACGAAAGUUCUAGAGAAACUGCUCUUAGAUGUCUUAGUAGAUUCCUUAUUGAGAUAAGAGAAGAAAAUCCAAGGAUGUAUAAUGAUGCUGGACACAUGCUGUACUAUUCUUUUGGCACAAUGUCCAUCUUAUUGCAGGAAAUUUUAGCUUUUCUAAGAAAGAUGGUCGAGGGAAGCCUUAAAUACAGAUCUAUCAAACGUAUCGCAAACGUUCUCACCCUAAUUCAGGCCAAUAGAUUAUUUAGCAUUGCUGCUAACUCAGCUACGAGGGAGAAACUCAUCGAUUCUCAAGUUCCCAUCUUCUUAUUACCCGUGAUAAAGUUUAAAGGCCCAUUAGAGGAUUUUGACAAUAUCUGUGCUGUCGCUCUCUCUGUCAUUGGGAUCAUGUGCCAGGCUAGAGAACCUAAGAUCAUUAAAUGGGCCGUUGAUAACCAAAUUUCGGAGGCAUGCUGGAGCUGCACAGAUACUGGGAACGAGCUCACUAGAGUGAUUGGAAUGCAUAUAUUGGAAGCUAUUCUGCGAAAUGAAUAUGGUAUGUCUUACAUUUGUAGUCCAAUGUGCGAUGAUCUUCUUACUGGAUUGAUGAAAGCAUGGAGGGAGAUGAUCACAAUUCUAGCAAAAAGCCAAGACUACUCUCCUCGCCUUGUCUUUCAUGUUCUCCGUUGCUAUAUGCUUCUAUGCGUUCAUGAUAGUGCAGUGCUGAGUUAUCUUCUUGAUCCCAUGUUGGAUGGAACUUUCAUUGAAUCUGCAGAGAAAUUUCCAAUAAUUGGACGGUUACUUGACGAGCUUCUCAUGACCAUUGGGGGGAAUGUUCAACAGCUACAAACACAUGCGUUCUAAUGAAGGAAAUAUAAUGCAGUUCCAACAAUAGAAUAUUGAAGUCGCUCUUGAAGAUAAAGUUGUUUUAUUGCCAGUAGAAAAGGAAUGCUACAUUAAUACUCAUUGAUACUCGCUGGGAGUCGAGCUUAACUGAUCUCCAGCCCGCAUCAUUUUCCAGAGCUCCCACUCCAUCUACUUUCUAACAACUUUUGAAUGAAUUUCAAUUGCCUAGUUUUAUAGUUAAGAACACCUUUAACCCUUUGUAUGUGUUUUUGUACAUAUAAAAUACUUACCCUGACAAGUGUAUAUAUAAAUAUAAUUUCCUGCUA